AUGUUCAAAUCGUCGCCAAUUGAGUGCUUUACCCCGUUGUCGUACUGCUGGGGAACGGCGUCUUUCACGGAACAGAUCGUUGUGGAUGGACAUUCGUUUUCUGUUACGCCUUCUUUGUACAAUGCCCUGCGACACUUUCGCAAGGCCGUUCCACCACCUGUGGAUCCCUUCAAGAGAUUUCAGGGUAACAAAGCUGAAUCGUACUGGUGGAUUGAUGCCAUUUGCGUCAACCAAAAUGACAUGGCCGAAAGAAGUAGUCAAGUUGGUCUUAUGACUCGUCUAUACAGGGUUGCCCACAUGGUACAUGUGUGGCUUGGAGAUGAGUAUGAUAAUAGUACGCAAGCCACGAAGCUCAUUAGGGACUUGGCUUAUAUUCCAGAAACGCCGGAAGACAUUGAGUCUUGGACUACAUUCCAAAGAAAGCGGGACAGACUCACCGACCGGAUGGACCUGGACGGCCCAUGCGACGUGAUAUUCCAUUGUGGUGCCGAGACGUGUAAUUGGAAGGAUGUCAUGCGGACUGCCGAUAUGCUAACGUAUUUGGCUGACGAGUACCACAUGCCGGCUCUACAGCAUGAUGGACUACGGGACACCCACUCCUUCGGUUCUUGCUUUCGCAAGGCCCUGGAAUUGUAUGAGCUCCGCGAGGAGAUAAGUCGCCGCGGAGGCUCAUACGGCGAGCUACAAGCGCUGGCGUUGAAGUGGAGAGAUUGCCUGGCCACCGAUCCACGAGACAAAGUAUUCGCCAUGUUGCCGCUUACGAAUCCUGAUGAAACCGAUGUGCAAGCAGACUAUGCCAAGGACAAACAGGAAGUGUAUAGAGACACAACCUUGAGUCUUCUGAGGAAAAAUCUGGAUUAUCUGUCGGGCUGUCAGAAUCCCGCUCGAUCGAACGGGUUUCCGUCGUGGGUUCCUGACUUGGAAGUACCUUCAAGACCUCUGUUGACAGAAACGAAUUAUGGCCAUGAUAAGAGUCUCGUGAACCACUGGGGAAACCCGCCAGACGAUGUGGCAAAGUUUGAAUAUGUCCCUAAUGAGGCUCGACUCAAUAUCCAUGGUGUCAUAUUUGAUGAGGUCAAAGUCAUCAACGAGGACGACUACAUUGAAGCCGAGUCGUCCAAUCAGGAUGUGCGCACUAUAUCAGAGCGAUGGCGGAUAUUCUAUGAGUCUCACCGAGACGCUCUAUUCGAAGAGUGGGAGGAACAAGGGAGCUGGGAUGCAAGAGACGAGUGCUUCAGAAUGUUUGAUGUUCCCUUCAAUGACAGCGAAUGGCAAUUUCAUGUUUUGGGAAAUAGCGAUGGGGACACAUAUCGAAAGGGCGGUGACCGGGAUGGCGUGCGUUUCAAGCGAUGGGACAAUGAUAAUGUAGACCAUGAUCCUACGUUAAAGAGAGUCAAGAGGCUUCUGCCAUCGGAUGGUACUCCCUUUUCUGAUAUUCUGGGCCGAGAGGAUGAAUACUUUGCACAUCUAAGACCGCUGGCAAUUGGCCGUAGAAUGUUUUUCUCAUCGAGGGGAGCUAUUGGACUGAUUCCGAUCGAGGCCAGAACGGGAGAUGAGGUCUGCUUCUUUGACGGGUGCGGUUGUCCCUUUGUGAUCCGAAGGGCUGGAAACGAAACCUGGGUGAUUGUUGGACAAGCCUACUACUUUGGAAGAAUCGCGUUAUACGAGGCGAGCAAGAAACCGAAGAAGUCGAUAAUUCGAAUCGUGUAG